AUGGCUCUCUGGGCCUGGCAUAGGAAGUGUUUGCCUGUUGGUCCUGGAAAGUACGUGUUUGACAUCGGAUGUGAGCAGCAUGGCGAAUAUCGCCUAACAGAUGUGGAAAGAGGAGAAGAGGAGGAGGAAGAGGAGACAUUAGUGAGUAUCGUUCCAAAAUGGAAAGCUCUCAAAAUCACAGAAUUGGCCCUCUGGACUCCAACCCUCUCUGAGGAACAGCCUCCUGCUGAGGGACCAGGCCAGGAAGAAGCACCGGGAGCUGCUGGUAUGGGUGACGCCUCAGAUGAAACCCAGGGUCUGCCAGAAGGCUUUGAGGGCGAGAUGGAUAUGAGGACCGGCGAGGAAGACAUGGACACGUUCCGGCAGGAGAGUCAAGAGAACGGUUAUGACAUGGACCAGGGAAAUGCAAACUUUGACGAAGAGCAGUCAGACCUCCAGGAGUAAGACGUAGGAGGUGGAGGAACAGGGGCACACCAGUCCGGCCUCAGUUAACUCCGGGCAGCUGGGGCUGGCGCCAACCAGCCAUCAAUCUUUCUCUCCCAGUUAAGUUGUUUUGCAGUUGGAAAUAAAUCUCUCAGUGUUCAGUGUUUGUGAAGGAGCCUCCGCCACAGCUUUUGUGGAUUGGUUUCCAGCUGCUUGUGGGCAUCAUUUCGUGGAGAGGGUGAAGGAUUGUGGACUUCUGG